AGACGAAAGCAUUGAAAUCUGUAGAAUACUAAACAUAGAUUUCUUAUCAGCCUAACUGAAAAAAAAAAAAUAAAAAAUUCAAAAUAAUAUUAUUUUUAUGUACCUAAAAAAGGGUACUCAAUUUGCUCACGGUAUACAUAUGUACGAGUAUGUAGUAUAUGGGCUAAACAGAUUAAAACAGAUUUGUCAAUAUUAAGUUUUAGGUAGAAUUCCUAAUAGGCAGCAAGCAUUGACGGCGGGAAAAACGGCAAAAUGAAAUCGUGUCAAUCAGUACUCAGCAUCGUGCUCUUUAUAUUAUUAUGCCAGCAUUUGGUGGCGGCUGACAUAAAUAAACACGAGGGUUAUGUUUUGGGCAAAUGUUUGGAACGUUAUGGAGGCCCCUCCUAUGAAAAUGCCGAACGUUUGAAACGUUUCAAAGACUGGUCCAUCGACUAUGAGGAAUUGCCCUGCUUCACGAACUGUUAUCUCGCCGACAUGUUUGACUUCUACAAUGAAACUGACGGCUUCAGCGAGCAAAAAGUUAUCGACAAAUUUGGCGCUUCCGUCUAUGAAGUGUGCAAACCCAAAUUUUCCGAGGGCAAGGAUAAGUGUGAAACUGCCUACAAAGGUUUCCAUUGCCUGGUCAAUCUUGAAAAUGAUCCGUUCGUUGUAAUUGAUGGCAUGGACAACAUUGAUAUGGAUGCCAAGCUGGCCAUGAAGGAUUGCUUGCAUCGAUUUGAUCGUUCGGAAUGGCAACUUUUCGGUGAGUACAGCCGCUUCCCCGUUAAAGAGCCCAUCCCCUGUUAUUCGCGUUGUUUUUUGGAUAAAUUGCAAUUAUUUAAUCAUCGCUUGCACAAGUGGGAUAUUCGAGGUUUGAAUACAAAAUUAAAUAUAUCUGUGGAGAAUGCCAAUACCAGUGCCUGUGAAGCUAUGGCUGUGAAACGUAAUCGCAAUAUUUGUGCAUGGAUGUAUAGAGAAUUUACAUGUUAUGCCAUGGCUAGUAUUGCCAAGGAGGAAUUAAAAAAAUGAGAAAUGAUGACAAUGUGUUAAAAAUAGAGAAAUUGAUAUUCUUAAUAAAUAUAAAAUAAAA